CGCGCCUUCAUAUCCAGCGCUCCGCUGCUCACACUGCAGUUGUAUUCGGGGGAAGUUGGCAGCCGGCGGCUCCAGGAGAAGGUUUCCCUGUUUCCCUCUCCUCUCCUCCCGCCGUGUGGACUCUGGAAUUAUGAGCAGAGCUGACCCAGCCUCUGCCGCCCACUGCUGAAUCUGUUACUGUGACACGCCGAGCGAGAGAACCUGAACCACCAUGGAGAUCGGAGUCCGCGUCCUGAUGGCGUUCCUCCUCCACCAGGUUGUGAGUGUGGAUGGCCAGGAGGAAGGAGGCCAGCAGGCCUGUGUUCCUGGUUUCCAGGUCAAAAACUACCAGGUGGCGUACAAAGGAGCUUUUCUGAAGGACCAGCCUCUAAUACAAGUGGAGUUUGAUGACUGCGCGGGGAACGAGAACGCCACGUUUGAUGUGUCAGAUCCCAGCUUCUAUGUGGACGCGGAUCUAAAUUUGGCGCCCCAGCGGGACGUGGUGGACAGUCAGCCCGUCCUGUUCGUUCACGGGGUCAGUGCACAUGCAGAUGACAUCGCACAGGUGGAAAUCACAGGACUGCCACUUCGUGUCAACACGCUCAGAGACAUCAUGCGCCUUGGACAGAAGCUGCCGUUCAGAUCCAAGAGAUCCUUGUUUGUUCCUCCCAUGACGGUCACGGAGAACCAGAGGGGCCCUUUUCCCAGAGUCCUUGGCAGGCCAAUCGUGAUUUUACCAGGAACGCCACGGAGCCAUUUUUUCCGCCUGACCGGCCCUGGUUCUGACCGGGAUCCCAAAGGUGUCUUCAGCAUCGACAUAGAGACAGGAGAGGUGUCAGUCAGCCGACCACUGGACCGAGAGGCCAUCGAUGCGUACAUGCUGGAGGUUUCCACCACAGACCUCGCUGGAAACAUCGCUGAGGGACCCGUCAUGCUGGUGAUCACCGUCAUCGACCAAAACGACAACCGGCCCAUCUUCAGAGAAGCUCGGUACACAGGAGAGGUGCUGGAGGGCUCGCCCACAGGAACCACCGUCAUGACGAUGACGGCGUUCGAUGCAGACGACCCAGGAACGGACAACGCGGCGCUGCGGUACCGGAUCAUCCGACAGUCGCCCAACAAACCCUUCCCAAACAUGUUCCACAUCGACGCCGAGAGGGGCGACAUCGUCACUGUGAUCUCGCCGGCGCUGCUGGACAGAGAGACUCUACCCACCACAACAUAUGAGCUAGAGAUCGUGGCCAAGGACAUGGCAGGAAGUGAGGUGGGCUUGACCGGCACAGCGACGGCCACCAUCACCAUCACCGAUAAGAACGACCAUGCCCCUGAGUUCACACAUCCACUGUUUGAGGCUCGUGUCCCUGAAGGCUCCACAGGUGUUGUGAUCAACCUGUCCAUCGACGACAGGGACGACCCGGACACGGGAGCGUGGAGAGCCAUCUACUCCAUAAUCAGUGGAGAUCCCACACACAGCUUUGAAUUCCAGACCAACCCCGACAACAACGAGGGAAUGCUGUCAGUGGUCAAGCCUCUGAACUAUGAAGCCACCUCAUUUCAUACGCUACUGGUCAAAGUGGAAAACGAGGACCCGCUGGUUCCUGGUGUUACCUACGGCCCCAGCUCCACGGUCGCCGUGCACGUCAUAGUGGAAGACAUUAACGAGGGCCCGGUGUUUUUCCCGGACCCGCUCCACGUCACCCGGAACGAAAACGUCCCUGUGGGGAGCUUCGUGGCCACGCUGAACGCCACAGAUCCAGACAUCCGUACAAUACAGAGUAUAAGAUACGCGGUUCUGCGCGACCCAGCAGGAUGGCUCGGUGUGAACCCAGUCCGAGGAACUGUCAACACCUCAGCCUCACUGGACCGAGAGUCUCCUUAUGUCCAUGACAACAAAUACACCGCUCUCUUCGUCGCCGUGGAUAAUGGUAUCCCUCCAGCCUCAGGUACGGGCACAUUGAUCAUUCACCUGGAGGACUUCAAUGACAACGCUCCCUAUGUGGUGCCAUCAGUAGCACAAGUGUGUGAGGACGCCCACGACAUGAACGUGGCCAUAGUUGGAGGGUGGGACAAGGAUCUACCGCCCAAUGCGGCGCCCUUUAAGAUAGAACUGGGAAAACAGCCCGGCUUGGACAAGACAUGGAGGGUCUCCAGAGUUAACGCCACGCACUCGCAAAUCAUGCUCCUGCAGAGUCUGAAGAAAGCCAACUACCAGCUCCCGCUGCUCAUCACCGACUCAGGGAUGCCCCCUUUGUCCAACAACACAGAGGUCAAAGUUCAGGUGUGCAUAUGUAAGAAGAACAAGAAGAUCUGUAGCUCCGCCCACUCCCACCGCUCCAGCCUUCUAGUGAUGCUCGCCACACUCCCGCUCGUCCUACUCUGCCUGUAGAUUUUGCUGAAUCCUCCCGUAGAUCUUUUUGCAACACUGAAAAGCAACGACUGACCUGCCCCACACGACCCAGGCUUGAGAGGGAAGAGAAGAGGAAGUCUCCUCACCACCAUAACUCAAACUAGCAAAUACUCGCAGUAUCCGCCGGCACGACAGCUGAGUAGCACUCCCUCUAUGUGUAUGUGCAUUUUUUAAACUACUUUUCACACUUCUGCCUCUCAACAGCUCCCUCAAUCUUUUGCUUUCCUGGUUUCAUUUUCUCCAACUCCAUUUUGGCUCUUCAUCCUCCACCAUCGAUUAUUCCGUUCUCCCUCUCCGGUUAGCGUUACACUGUAUUUAUUUGUUGCACUGGCAGGCAUAUACUGAAUGUUAGCAGCGAGCCACAUCGGCAAGAGAUACUUGAAACAACGAGAGUAUUGAUACUGCAACAGAACCCAUGUAAACAAAGCCCAACAUGGCCCCCCUCCCAUUGUCUGUGCCCCCCCCAUGUCCAUGCAUUGGUUCGGCCGGGCCGGGGAACGCCUCAAAGGAAGAGCAUUGACUUUUUGACGUGUUCCUUUUGUUCUGUUUCCUACAUCAAAGACUGUAUUUGAUUUGGUUUCUCUCGUAAGCAGAGAAAAUAAAGUCCUUUUCUCGUCUGCAGUGGUUGUGGUCUUUCUAAGACACGGUGGUAGCCAUAAGCCUUUAAGUCAGAAACUCACUGAAGUUUAUUUCUUCGAUUUGAUUCUUUUUGCUGUUUUUUUGUUUUUUUGUUUUGUUUUUUUUUUUUUUGCAUUAGUUGUCAUGGAGUGAAAACAGUAUAUCUUUAUAGUAAUGGUGUAAACCUUAAAAAAAAAGUACUAUUAUAUAAAUAUUUUAUUUUUUACCAUUGUAUAAAUAUACAGUAUUGAUUAACUUAUGUACUCGGAUUGCAAGUUCUUUGUUUAGCCAUGCAGUGAGUAAGUUUAAAAAGAAGACACAUUUGGAAAGUUUUUUCUGUGAAUUUUAGGCAAUAUUUCUAAUGCUAUUGAUGUGUUCACUAUUUGACUGUAACAUUUUUAUAUUUUUGUUCUGUUUCUACCUUUCAACCUGUGAUUAAUUGCACAAUAGGGAGUCUUGUUUUUGUGUCAAAGUUUGAUUUCGAUCUCUUCUCCGACCUUCCUCUCCUCCUCCUCCUCUCUCCUCCUCUCCUCCUCCUCCUCUCCUCUCUCCUCCUCCUCUCCUCCUCUCCUCUCCUCCGUCCAUCUCCCCUAGAAGUGACAUGAAGUUGUGUAAGAAGAAAAGCCUGUGCUUUUGUUGGAUAGUUGACUUUCUUCCUUUGUUUUCUGCGCUCAUCUGAAGACCUUAGCCUGAGUGGGUUCAUUUGGAGGAGCACCUCAAAGAAAAGAUGACAUUUUGAAUGAGUUAUGUCUGUCUUUUGCACUAAUUUAAUAAAGCUGUUACGGAAAAUUCCCACAAAA